CAGGCCAAGGAAGCAUCGCAAAACCAGGGCCAAGGAGACCAGUGAGUUACUGAACCGGGGGAAGAGGAAGAUGGAAGCCCCUCUGGAGCUGAGGUUUGGAAGGUCUGCUCAUCACGUUGUUGAAAAGGACCAGAUGCUCUCUUCCUUCCCGGGCCCAGGCUGGGCCCCUCCAGGACCACAGUCCCUGCUGGGCAGCGGUGGCCAAAAUGCACGCUCACAUCCCCAAGGGCCCCUCCCUGAGCCUCCCAGCCCUCCGACUCCCCCGAGGUCGCUUCAGCCUCGAGCCUUGCUUUGUGCUGUUGCAACACAAGUUCCAAAAGGGGUGAAGACAGUCGAGCUGCCACAGCGAAGUGCAGCCCAUUCACACCUCUGGCGGGACGGGAACUCCAGCCUCACAGCCGAUGCCCUGGGUGUGUCCUCUGUGUCCACAGCCAUCCACUUCCAAGGCCCUGGUCUUCCUAAGGCAUGGGAGUUCCGGGAGGAGAGGAGAUCUGUGGCCUCCCCGUACCCUCCAGGGACCCUGUGCUUCUCUUGGCUGCCUUCAGGCUGUCUGCCCUCUCAAUGGUCUCAGCUCCUGCUGGGGUGGGGGGUGUGUCUGUGUGUCUGUGUGUCUGUGUGCGCACGCACAGGGCCAGUGCUCGGUCUCCUGGGCUCCGGGUUUGCUCUGCGCUGACCUCUCGCAGAAGGAGCACAAGACAGCGAGGGCUCGUUCUACUGCCGCAAGCACGCCUCUGGCCACGUGCAGCCCCUCUGCAGGCCAGGCACCAACCCCUUCCUGUGAAAAUGCACAGGAGCCACUGGUGCUGUCUUCUCUCUUAAUUAAUAAACUUCUCGUCGAGCAGUUCUAUGCAGAAGAGUUGAAUGGAAAGUACCAAGAACCCAUGUGCUCCCGCCCGCAAGGGCAAAGUCCACCUGGAGCUAAGGCUGAGUGAGGUCAUCACCGACUCGGGCGUCGUCUGCCACAAGCUGGCCGCGCGCAUCCUGGAGUGCCAGGGCCUCCCCAUCGUGAAUGGGCAGUGUGACCCCUAUGCCACGGUGACAUUGGCAGGACCAUGCAGGUCAGAAGCAAAGAAAACAAAGGUGAAAAAGAAGACCAACAACCCCCAGUUCGACGAAGUGUUUUACUUCGAGGUGACCAGGCCCUGCAGCUACAGCCGCAAGUCCCACUUCGACUUUGAGGAGGAGGACGUGGACAAGCUUGAGAUCCGGGUGGACCUCUGGAACGCCAGCAACUUGAAGUUCGGGGACGAGUUUCUGGGAGAGCUGAGGGUCCCGCUGAAGGUGCUGCGGCAGUCCAGCCCCUACGAGGCCUGGUACUUCCUUCAGCCCCGAGACAACGGCAGCAAGAGCCUGAAACCGGGGGACCUGGGGUCUCUGCGGCUGAACGUGGUUUACACGGAGGACCACGUCUUCAGCUCUGACUACUACAGCCCUCUGCGGGACCUGCUGCUCAAGUCGGCGGACGUGGAGCCCGUGUCGGCGUCCGCGGCCCACAUCCUGGGCGAGGUCUGCAGGGAGAAGCAGGAGGCGGCCGUCCCGCUGGUGAGGCUCCUCCUGCACUACGGCCGCGUGGUGCCCUUCAUCAGCGCCAUCGCCAGCGCCGAGGUCCGGAGGACUCAGGACCCCAACACCAUUUUCCGAGGAAACUCGCUUACGUCCAAGUGCAUCGAUGAGACCAUGAAGCUGGCGGGCAUGCACUACCUGCAUGUCACCCUGAAGCCCACCAUAGAGGAGAUCUGCCAGGGCCACAAGUCCUGUGAAAUUGACCCUGUGAGGCUGAAGGACGGUGAGAGUCUGGAGAGUAACAUGGAGAACCUGCGGCAGUACGUGGACCGCGUCUUCAGCGUCAUCACCGCGUCGGGGGUGAGCUGCCCCACUGUCAUGUGUGACAUCUUCUUCUCCCUGCGAGAGGCGGCUGCCAAGCGCUUCCAAGACGACCUGGACGUGAGGUACACGGCUGUGAGCAGCUUCAUCUUCCUGAGGUUCUUCGCUCCAGCCAUCCUGUCUCCCAACCUCUUCCAGCUCACGCCUCACCACACAGACCCCCAGACGUCCAGGACGCUGACACUUGUCUCCAAGACCAUUCAGACUCUCGGCAGCCUGUCCAAGUCCAAGUCUGCCAGUUUUAAGGAAUCCUACAUGGCUGCAUUUUAUGAAUUCUUCAAUGAGCAGAAAUAUGCUGAUGCAGUGAAAAACUUCUUAGAUUUGAUCUCAUCCUCGGGGAGAAGAGACCCCAAGAGUGUACAGCAGCCCAUCCUGCUUAAGGAAGGGUUCAUGAUUAAAAGAGCGCAAGGGCGGAAACGCUUUGGGAUGAAGAAUUUUAAGAAAAGAUGGUUCCGCCUGACAAACCAUGAAUUUACCUACCAGAAAAGCAAAGGAGACCCGCCUCUCUACAGCAUCCCCAUCGAGAACAUCCUGGCUGUGGAGCCACUGGAGGAGGAGUCCUUCAAGAUGAAGAAUAUGUUCCAGGUCAUCCAGCCCGAGCGGGCGCUGUACAUCCAGGCCAACAACUGCGUGGAGGCCAAGGCCUGGACCGACAUCCUCACCAAGGUGAGCCAGUGCAACCAGAAGCGGCUCACCGUCUACCACCCCUCCGCCUACCUGAACGGCCACUGGCUGUGCUGCAGGGCCUCCUCGGACACGGCCGCCGGCUGCUCCCCCUGCACCGGCGGCCUCCCCGCAAACAUCCAGCUGGACAUCGAUGGGGACCGAGAGACAGAGCGCAUCUACACCCUGUUCAGCUCGUACAUGCGCAAGCUGGAGCAGAUGCAGGAGGCCUGUGGGAGCAGAUCCGUGUAUGAUGGGCCGGAGCAGGAGGAGUACUCCACCUUCCUCAUCGACGACCCCCAGGAGACCUAUAAGACGCUGAAGCAGGUCAUCGCGGGGGUAGGGGCCUUGGAGCAGGAGCACGCCCAGUACAGAAGGGACAAGUUCAAGAAGACCAAGUACGGAAGCCAGGAACACCCCAUUGGAGACAAGAGCUUCCAGAGCUACAUCAGGCAGCAGUCCGAGACCCCCGCCCAUUCCAUGUGACACCCACGGACCCUGUCCCAGAUGGGCCAGAGCUGCACCGGGAAAGCCCGUGUUUGGGAAGGAAGAGCCAGCUAGGUGCUCGCAGCAUGACAGGCAUGGAGCUCGUGAACCUCUGAGACACCUGGGCCAUUUCCAGAGCGGCCGUGCACCUGAUUCGUGCCAGUGGCAGGGGACCUAAGCUGGCCUUGCCAGAACUGGGUGCCGGUGACGCCGCAUCCUCGCAGAGCAUGCGCUCCUGUGUCGUGUGCACGUUUGCCCUGCUGGUCCAUGACUCCUGCCCUCUCCACCCGCCAGCUGCCACUUGGGGAACUGUGAGCCUUGUUCUUUUCCUCUGGGCACACAGCCUCCUGGUUCAGCUUGAUGUUGUCGUAGUUCCUGGCUGGAGGGUCAGAACUGCACGGAGAUGCCAGUUGAGGACGCUCUCGGUACUUAGGGGUACGGGUCCCUUUGCAGCGAGUUUCUGGGGGCCCUGGGCUUCAUUCCUGAGCUGGGAGCCCCUGGCCUGCUGCUGAGGUGCAUCCACGGCCUGUGGCUGCUGCGUGAGCCGGCGACAGGCUGAGCUAGGCAUCCUCCUGGCCCCCACAUCAGGCAAAGUUGUGUUGUUUGCUGUCAGUGGGGCUUAAUAGUAGAAUCCACACUUGCCACCGUUGUGGCAGUUUGGGGAAGACUAAAAUAGAAAAAUAAAAUAGCGUUAUUUUCAAGCUGUUUUUCUUAAUGUUUUUAAAGGACUGUUUUUAAUUAGCUCUUUGAUAUAAAGUAACUCAGAACAUCCAAACCUGUACCACUCCGGGGAGGUGCUACCACAGGACAGAAUGGGAAUGCGUGUGUCUCACGCAGCCGAGUAAAGGGCCUCCAGGGAAAAGGGGGGAGGGGACUCCUGGGCCUGCCGAUGCCGGGGACACUGGGGCCAGGAGCCAUGUUCACCGUCUGAAGCCGCUGGGGGCUGUCUGCCCAGUUUGCUCCUGGGGCUGGGGAUCCUCAUGAGCCAUUGCUGACUCCCUAACAGUCCUUGGCUGCAGCCCGACUUCGGAAAGGCCCCGUAGGACCAGGUGCUCUGCGCCUGUCAUUGUUCAGACUCCUAACCCAAGUGGCAGAGGGUAACAUUACCUGUUGUCACAAAAAUGGUGGAAGAAAUGUUGCCAAAAGGAAACUCAGAGCACACGGCUAUGAGGCUGCCCCGAACUGCAAUUUUCAACACGGAUUUGUAACUCAGUGUUUCUGUUUGUAAGAUACUAAUGAUUUGCGAUGUAUUUUACUGGCCGAUUAAAAUGGAUGUUUUAUUCUU